CGCGGGAGGGCGGGGUUAAUGGUUCGCUCGAGGAGUUCUUGCUAAAAAAACAUGGACCAAAAGAUCUCAUAUGAUGAUUAUCAGCUGCCAGUAGUCUUUCUGCCAUCCUAUGAGAGCCCACCUGCAUGGAUUCCUCCCCAGGAGAGGAUACAUCACCCCGACUAUAAUAAUGAGCUUACACACUUCCUACCUCGCACCAUAGUUUUAAAAAAGCCCCCAGGUGCACAACUGGGCUUCAAUAUUCGCGGUGGAAAAGCCUCACAGCUGGGUAUAUUUAUUUCCAAGGUAGUGCCAGAUUCUGAUGCGCAUAGGGCAGGACUUCAAGAAGGUGAUCAGGUGCUUUCUGUCAAUGAUGUGGAUUUUCAGGACAUAGAGCAUUCAAAGGCUGUGGAAAUUUUAAAGACCGCAAGAGAGAUUUUGAUGAAAGUUCGCUACUUUCCUUACAAUUACCAGAGGCAGAAGGAGAGGACUGUACACUAGGUGGCAGAGCUGAGCUGGAUGAAGGAACACAUAACAUGACGCAGAGGAUGAGAUGUUGGUGUGUGAAUGGAACAUCCACUGCAUCAUCUUCCUCCCACUAAUGAAUUUUUCUGACAAAGACACUUUUCAAAUGAAUAAUCUCCAAACACUCAAGGACAUGUCUGCUGGCAGCAGUUUUUAAAAUAAUCCAGUUGUGAUCUGUUUGUAUCAAAUUCUGUACAUGUCAAUGCCACAGCCUAACAAAUAGCUUGUGCAAGCAACACAACAUUUCCAGAUUCUGUUCCCCCUCUAUUAUCUUAAUUAUAUAGACUUCCUUUGAUUUUAUGGACAGUAAGGUUUUUUUAUGAUGUGUGUCAUGUAUAUGAAAAGGAGGUAUGGAAAGUGAUAUUUAUUGAUUGAAGUAAGUGUAUAGAUUCAUAGGACAAAGGGCACAUUGUGAAUUAUGGUCUGCUAGUAGUAUCGUCACUAAUAGGCGGUUGUUAAAUGAAGCUGAUAAUAAUGUUUAAUAUGUAUUUAACAGUUGCAUUACUGAAAUGCAAUACGUCCUGCUGAAACAAUGCUACUGACAGAAGUGUAAAUCUAGUUAAUGAAAACAGUGCCAUUCAUGUGCUGUAAAAUAUUUUCUGUGCUCUUAUUUUAAUUUAAAUCAACAUAAGUCUAAAUAGUUCCUGACUCUUUGGUUAAAUUAUACUGGACUCAAAGGUCCGAUGUGUGUUUUUUAGAAGAUCUAUUGAUAGUUAUGUAUAUUAUAUUGCAUUCUAUGUCUUCAGAGGUGUAUAAAGACCUUACAUAAAGCGUUAUGUUUUUAUUACCUUAGAAUGAGCUAUUUCUAUCUACAUACACCGCAGGUCCCCUUACAUGGAAUGCACCAUGUUGUUUCUACAGUAGCCCUAAGGAGACAAACCGCUCUACAGAAUUGUUUUGUAAAUAUGUUAUCUCCUGCAAAGAAGCAAAAAUGUGAUGACAUCUUAGUCCUGUGUCAGCCACCGUAGUGCUACGAAAGGGAGGGGUGGAGUGAGCUGUUGGUUGCAAUUCGCAACCUCACCCCUAGAUGCCACUAAAUUUCAUACACUGGACCUUUAAUAUUCUCAUAGAUCGUAACUGAGGCAAGUGUGCGGUUAUUACAUUAGGUAAUGUCCCUGUUACGUUAAUAUACAAUAUAUCAUGGGUCAAUACACCCAUGAAGACAUUGGCAUGUAUUCUAAGCAAAAUGCAAAUGUACAUUAAGCAUAAGACAAUAAAAUAACAUUGUACAGUGUCUGUAAUAAACUAAAAUCCUCCAUUCUCAAUGUGAGAAAUAAACAGUCUGCACAAACGU